CCGGAAGUGGACUCAGGACUGGUCAGUCAUAAACAUUGGAUGGAAUUGGAAACAUUCUUAGUGGCAGUGCAAUGAAUCUGUUCCUCUCACACAAGGAUGUUAAUAAAUGUUUGGAAAUUAUCACCAAAGGGCUUUUGAGUAAAAGCUGACGGUACUGACUGUAGAUCUACUUCUGUACUGUCCCCUGUAAAGACGUUGCCACUUGCCUGUGUACUUGGCUAACUUGAUGAUAGAGAAUACAUUGUUAAUGUGAAGAUUUUCCCUGCUUGAAGAAACAAACCCCUAGGCAAAGGUUAUGGCGUAAGCCACUGGUUGAGAUGGACGAUGGGGGACGAAUGUCAAGGUCAGGGUCAGCUGGCCAUGACAUUGGUCCAGACGAAGUGUACUCAGGGCGUUACCAGGAAAACCCUGCGGAGAAUGGACUGCGCCCGGUCUACAUGGUUCGAAAUGUGCAUCCAGGAAACAGCCUCGAUGGCAUGGAUGUCGGGUACGAGACUGUCAUGGUUUCAGAAUGGCCGAGAUACGAACCGGUAGACAACAGCCCUUCUGAGGCCUGGACGAGGGAAUCCUCCAACAGUGGCUCCAACUCCUCCUAUCUGUACCACGAACAACACCGUCUGGACACAUUUAGGACUACAUGGUCGGAUACCUAUCCAGUUCGGGCAACAGAUUUGGCCAGAAAUGGGUUUUACUACAUCGGCCCCAGGGACAGAGUGAAGUGUGUUUUCUGUUUGAAGAUUUUGAGCAGCUGGGAAGCUGGGGAUGUCGUAGAGGCGGAACACAGAAGACACAGCCGAAACUGCCCAUUCAUCCAGGGACUGUGUCAUGAUAAAAAUAUCCUGAUAUGUGCCUCGGCUGACAUCAGUCGCAACAUGCGGUCACACGGAUGUUGUAAAAUGUUUCCAUUGUGGCAAGACACUGAGGAAAUGGGAACCUGGGGAUGAUCCCUUUCAUGAACACGCCAGGCUGUACCCUGAGUGCCCCUUUGUGAAAGAGAAGAAAAGGAAAAUGGAGAUGGAGAGAGGGGGUCACCAACCUUCGAGUGUGGCGGGGAGCAGGACAGGGGCGGCUGCGGGCCCAUCGAGUCCGUUGAAGAACGGCUAUCACAAAGCGGAAGUCGGUGAAAAGAGUGUGGAGGUAGAAGACCAGAGGCAAUGCACAGAACCAGGUGAACCACCACUGCCUUCUCUUGAGCAAGACAUGCAGAGUCCUGCGGCCCGCGCAGUGCUACAGUUAGGGGACAUGACCGUGGAAGAGCUGCGGAGGGUUCUGCAGGCUUUGAGGUUAAGUAAAG